AUGGGAAACCUCUUGAGAUGGUUCGUCGAAUUGGAUGAUGCCAUAAGGGCGCGUCGCAUCGACGACGGGGAUAUGCAAGUUGCAUUUGCCCAGUCAAAUCCGGCCGGACGUGCCAAGACUUGGGCACUGGGGCUCAAGUUGCACGACCCAUAUGCGUUUGGGGCGUUAGGAGUCUUCAAGUCGCGGCUCAGAAAAACGUUUGAACCGCCUAGAGCUGAGUUCAGAGCUCGAACUGAACUCUUGAAGCUCAAGCAAGGGUCUUGCGAUGGUCCCUUCAAGACUCACCUGUUCCGACUUGAACUAGAUUCACUAGAACAAGCCAUUUCCAUUGCGGAACAGAAAGACUUCAGUCUGGGACAGGCUUGCGCCAGCUCGACAUCGUAUCGUCAACCGAGACGAUAUGACAGCGGAAGUCCAGAGCCGAUGGAACUCGGUUAUGUAGAGAGCGAGAAGGCUCGCUCUACAGACUACAAGAAGUUUCAGAAAUGCAACAGAUGUCAGAAGACAGGACACUACGCUUACGAGUGUAGUGCCCCUCGUCCAGUGUCUCGCAACACUGAGCGUAGUGACCGUCCACCCAUGAGAAAGGGGCAGGGACGAGGGUCCGCUGUUGGUGCGAAGACUCAACAACGGGAUGGACCGUCAAAAAACGGACAGGUUUAG